AUGUAUCGAUCAUUCUUCCUUAAUCUUGUGAUUUUGAAAAUUUUAACGACCGCCUUCAUUAUCUUUAUCAUUGGGUGGAAAGAUCAUCGUUUCGUGGAAUGUACCGCAACAGGCAACACAAAUACAGCGGAUAUGGACAUUUCAGUACUGUCUAGGUUUGCUGAUUCCAUCCAGUUGAGCGAAAGCGAUAAAAUUAAAACUGCACAUUUGGAGGCAGUGGUUCGGAAGGCUAUUGCCCUUAAGGUUGAGGAAGCGUUGAAAAACAAUACAGCCAGAGUAAUCCGAACGGAAGAUCCCUUCGGGCGUAAAUAUCAUGUUGAGGUUCCAGAAUAUAGUUUUCUGCAAAGCCUCACUGAUCCUAAUCAACAAGUUCAAGCUCUUAAUGUUGAAAGUUUAAAGGUAGACAAUAGCUCUCCUUACGCACAACAAGCGUUGGAAUUAGAUGCAUUGUUCUCCUCACUUGAACAAUAUCUAGGAACGAAACAAACAUCAUCAAUGUUUGCUUUUAAUUUAUACGAAAGCGAGCUGAUAAAAUCACAAGUUGAGGUUGAAGAGGCAACCAAUUUGUUCAUCCAAUACAUGAAGGAAUUCGAUACGGCUGAAACCAAAUUCAAAGCGACACAACAACUAUAUGAAGCUCAGAAAAAUGAUUUCAUGCCAAUAUUCGAAGCAUAUAAUCAAAAGGUUUCCGAAUUCAAUGACAUUGUAGAAAAGUAUAAUGAAAACAUCCAAGACAUUGAAGAUCAAAUUGAAAAAUUAGAAAUCCAAAGUCGAGUUGUGAUUGAAUAA